CAUGAACCCAAAAAAAAAAAAAAAAUUUGGUACGGCCACAUGGGGCCUGCCCAAACUACUAAACUGCGUUGAAUGAUCACCAAUGGCGGCCAAUGACAUCCACGAGGAGGAACUGCUCAUCGAAAUCCUCUCGAGGUUGCCGGUGAAGUCGCUUGUGCGAUUCAAUAGCGUCUGCAGAUCAUGGAAAACCCUCAUCCAAUCCCCCUCUUUCGUCUCCGCUCAUCUCAGUCGAUCCAACGUGAACGCCGAUCCGCCCCUUCUCGUCCACUUCUACUCUCCUCAUGCUAUCUCCUUGCUCUGCAAUCGAACCCUCGUUCGGCUGGAGAAUCUGGAGUUGCCCCCUAUCAGGAAGGACUCGUCUCUGAAGAUUUUGGGUCCCUCCAAUGGCAUCUACUGCUUUUACCACUGUGACGCAGGGGAAAUUGUUCUGUGGAACCCUUCUAUGCACGAAUCCAGGUUCAUCCAGCGGUUCAAACGCCCGCGCGAGGACCUUUGGACGACUGAGCGGGGCACCGUUGGUUUUGGAUACGAUCCCAAAAGCCAGGACUACAAGGUCGUCAGGGUGAUUCCUAAAAAUGAAGAGAGAGGUAGCUAUAGGGCUGAAGUUUACUCUUUGCGUUCAGAUUCAUGGAAAAGAAUUGAGACGCAUUUGCCUCGAAUGUAUUUGUGUUCAACAAUCCACACUUGCCUGAAAGGGGUAUGUUACUGGCUGCCUCUCUACAUUGCUGACAUUGUGGUCUCGUUCGACCUGAACCGCGAGGUGUUUCGGGUGAUCCGGUCGCCGGAAUAUGAGAAUGCUAAUUUCUUGCGACAUGAAAUUUGCCGGGACUAUGUGAAUUUGGCCAGCAAUGAAGAUUUAUCUUUGAUGAUUUGUCCUUAUGAUGGGAAAUCAAUGACAGUUGAUAUAUGGACAAGGACUGAACCGGGUGGCUUAGAGACUUGGACUAAAAGGUUUUCAUUUGGACCCAUUGUCCAGAAAUGUAUGCCUUUGGGAUUUUGGAAGGAUGAUGAGAUUCUUAUUGAAGCAAAAAAAGGAGAAAUGAUCUCCUACAACCUUAAUACGCAAAAGGCAAAGGUUCUUCGAUAUCUUCGAGUUUCUGUUCGGCUGCUUACUUAUUACACAGAGAGUCUUGUUUCCAUCAAAGGAGAUGCUCAAAGUGCUUGACAAUUGACUAGGAUGCCAUAUGUAUCUGGCGCAUAUACAUUCAAACUUUUUUCUUGAGCUAAAACUUGUUUCUAUGUUGUUUUAGGCAAGUGUUGUUUUAGGCAAGUGUUGUUUAGGAGUCAUUUGCAUGCUUCCAUUAUCAGACUUAUCUCAUCAUGAAACUGAAUGGAUAUGGCCGUUUUUUUCUC